AGGCACAUGGCUGGACAGUCGGCUGCCUCUGGUUGAGGCCAGUGACAGCUCUCCUACCUCUCACCUCUUGCCCGGAGAGUUGGCAGCCAAGUCAGGCCCCAUGACUCCAGACACAGGGGUGGAGCCUGGUGUGGGCACUGUGGGGAGGGCUUGUCGAAAGUGACCACUUACAGCCCUAAGCCUCAGCUCCUGGACACCUGGCUGGAAGUUGGCUGUCCUGCUUCCUGUGACCUUGGGGGCUUGAACAGGACAGGGAGCAGGGCACUGAGACUCUCCUUCCCCAGCCUUUUUCCCUUAAUCACUACCCCGCCCUCUACCGUCCUAAACUGCUUCCUGGGCCACGACUGGUUGGCCUUUUCCUUCCCCAGUUGUGGGGAGGAGGGUGUAGCAGCCCUAGUCGCCUUCGGGGGACAUGGAGCCCAGGAGGGUGGGGCCUGGGGCGCACUGCUGGGGGCCUCGGGUGGCCGCGGGGUCGGGGACUGCUGCGGAGCUCGUGUACCACCUAGCGGGGGCCUUGGGCACUGAGCUGAAGGAGCUGGCCUGCCGCUUCGGGCCGGAGGCGGCGGCCGGGCUCGUGCCGCUGGUGGUGCAGGCGCUGGAGCUCCUGGAAAAGGCGGCCGUGGGGCCCGCCCCGGACUCGCUGCAGGUAUCCGCGCAGCAGGCCGAACUCGAGCUGCGGCAGCUGCGGGAGGAGAACGAGCGCCUCUGCAGAGAGUUGCGCUCUGGACCACAGGAGGAGCGCGCUCUGCUGCGGCAGCUCAAGGAGGUGACCGACCGCCAACGGGAUGAACUCCGGGCGCACAACCGCGACCUGCGGCAGCGCAGCCAGAAGACUGAGGCGUUGCAGGAGCAGCUGCAGCGCCUCCUGCUGGUGAAUGCGGAGUUGCGGCACAAGCUGGCCGCAGUACAAACCCAGCUGCGCGCCGCGCGGGACCGCGAGAGCGAAUCAGAGCGGCGGCGCGAAGCGACCUUGGAGCCCGCGCCAGAGCAGGCGCACGGCCAGGCCGCGGCGCCCGGGUGCGAGCAGAGGCAGGAGCCCGAGACGGCAGCCGCGGGCACAGGAGCCCCGGGGACCCCUGAAGACCGGGCGGAUGCCCUGCCGUCGCCAGGACGCCCCCGCAAGGUAGGGCAGUGCGCCUUCAGUCGACAGGAGGUUGAACAGAUCCUUCAGGAGAGGAAUGAGCUCAAAGCCAAUGUGUUCCUGCUGAAGGAGGAGUUGGCCUACUUCCAGCGGGAGCUGCUCACAGACCACCGGGUCCCCGGGCUUCUGCUCGAAGCCAUGAAGGUGGCUAUCAGGAAGCAACGAAGGAAGAUCAAGUCCAAGAUGUUAGGGACCCCAGAGGAAGCAGAGAGCAGCUUUGGGGCCCCUGAAGUCUCUUUGUCCUCCCCUGCCUGCUCCUGGGGGCUGCACAGAAGGCUGAACAUAGCUGGAGUCCCGCUGUCCCUCAGGGCCUUGACAAAUGACCCUCACAACUCCUCUCUCCUCUGCCUCAGUGACGAUGAGGAUGGCUCAUGGCUCCUGCUCUCCAGGGAUAAGGGAGACCACCUCCAGCCCCCACCCCCUGAGUCCAGAAUACAGAGUUUGUAUGUUGGGGGAAGAGGAAGGACAAAUGUGGUGGGAGUGGAGGGACCCCACCUUUCCCGCUCCACUGUGGCUCACCCAGCCGCCCUGAGCUCUGAGCAUGCCCGUCCCCUCCCGCUCCUCUGGUGGCCCCUUUACCUCCCCCUGCCUCAUGCUGCCCUGUCGUCCUCUUGAGUCCCCUUUUUACAGCACCCCCUGCCUUCGGCCCCUAUCCUUGACCUCCCUGGCAUCCAGGCUCACAGCA